UCUUAAAGAGCCAUAUUUACAUUGCUGCUGAAUUAAGUCAAUUACUUGCUGCAUGAAAUUUUAUUUUUAUAGUUCACACUUUCCCAGCCUAAUACACCUGCAAAUCCUCUCUUUCCAAUGUCAGGUGAGAUGUCACGAAGAAAUCGAGUUCCUCACCAGCCCAUUGAUCACCGAUAUGCGUACCGACUGGAGCAACCUGUCUCUCGAGGUCAUGUGGCUCGGCCAAUGCGUCCACAUCCCGCACUAUUAGAGGAAGAGCUUCAAAUCCGACACGCUGAACUCCGCAGACUUUUGGGUGAAAACCGGAGGCUGGUUGAAGACCGAAUUACCUUCGAACGAGAUUUAGCUGCCGCAAAGGAAGAGUUGCGCCGCAUGAAUAUUGCCAUUGGUGAUAUGCGUGCCGAACAAGAGCUCCAGUCUAGGGAACUUGUGGAAACGGGCCGGAAAUUGGAGGCUGACCUUCGUGCGACAGAGCCUCUGAAAAAUGAGGCUACAAAACUUAGAACCGAGAUCCACAGAUUGAGUACGAUGAGGCAGGAUCUAUUGGGUCAAUUUCAGACCCUCUCUAAAGAACUUGCGAAGCUGAGGUCUGAUAACCAGCAGAUUCCUAUCCUGAGGUCUGAGAUUGAUGGGCUGCAUCAGGAACUGUUGCGAGCUAGAAGUGCCAUUGACUAUGAAAAGAAGGCAAAUGUUGAGCUGAUGGUUCAGAGACAGUCGAUGGAGAAGAACUUGGUCAGCAUGGCUCGUGAAAUUGAAAAGCUUCAUUCUGAGCUUGCAAACUCUGGUGCUAGACCAGUGAGUGCAGGUGGAGCGUAUGGUUUGAAGUUCAGCAAUCAGGAUGCAACUUACCCUGGCCCUUAUGAUGGAUAUGGGACUCACGAGGGUGCUCUAGAGAAACGUUCUAUAUAUGGUUCUAGUUCUACUUCAUGGGGAGGACAUGAAAAAGCACAGAGGGGUCGCCGUUGAGAUGUGGGUGGAUUAUGCACUAGACCUUAUAGGGCACACAUUGUGCGUCUUGUUUGUCUGUUGCCCAGUAGGGUGAAGAGGAAGGCAGUGAUUAUUUGCGUAUUACACCCUACAGAUUACUGCUUAUUUUUCUUGUCAUCUUUGAUAUUAUAAGAUAGGAAAUGCUUUUACCAAUUUUGGCAGAGGUAAGGUGAGUAAAUCAGGUACGGUAUCUCCGAAUCCAGUUUUUUCCAGUAUUAUUGGGGGUUUGCAGAGCACGAUGAUUGGUUGUUUUGGAUUUAUGGUUUUUAAAAUCCAAAGGUUUCUGUAUUUCCAAACUAGAAAUCCUCUGGUUCAGUCGGUUUAUAUUUAUCUUGAAAUUGGAUAUACUAGAAAUACUCCUUUAACGUUUGCAUAAUUAAAUAAAACCACAAUAUUACAUCGAGGUUUGGUGUAGAUAAUGAAAAAGAUUAAAAAAACAGAAAGAACAAAUUAUUUUUGACAAUCUCAAAGAUUCCCUUGAGAUAUUGUAAUAUUGCAAACAUUCCUGCCAGCUACAUAUUUUCUUGACACGCCCCUUUGAAGAUUCAAAUUUUAUAUUAACAUAUAUCAAGAUGCAUUUGAGAUUUUGAAAGAUACCACUCUCUCUCUCUCUCUCUCUCUCUCUCUCU